GUCUGGGGCCGGAGCGUCUGCCGCCAGUUGGCCCAUAGAGCAGUCGGAGGCUGCGGUGGAGAGGGGUCGCUACAGGAUAGCGUGGUAAAGAGCUGAGAGUGCUGUGUUUGGUGUUCAGGCGUCACGUCACGUCACGCUAUCGGCCGGACGUCCCCCUGUCCUCAGUGCCCAUCGGACCCGUCCAGUGACCGGUCACCGACAGACAGUCAGACAGUGUGCUGCCGGCGCCGCCCGGGUCGGGUCACCGCUGAACGGGUCAGCGAGUCAGAGUGGCGGGUCAGAGACCGGUCGAUACUGACGGAAGGGGCACGGACGCACCAUGACUGCUGAGCUGCAAGAAUAUACGAAGAGAAAAUGGUCGGAGAGAUACAAAUCCUCCUUGAAGCAGUUAAAGCCCAUCCGAUCAAAGUCCAAGGAGCCAAAGCACCUGAUGCCAGGCCCUGGCCGGGGUUUUCUCUCCCUCUACACUCUCUCAUGGAUGACAGGACUGAUGUGGAAAGCAUGUCGGGGUCAACUGAAGCCCGACGACAUCUGGACGCUUCGGACGGAAGACUCGUGCCAGACCAACUACACCCGUUUGGAGCGGCACUGGCGCCAAGAGGUGGCCAACAAGGGACCUCGGUAUGCCUCGCUCACCAGGACACUGAUUCGCACCUUCCGCACGCGCAUCGUCACCACCACUGUGCUGCUGCUCGUCUCCAACUUCCUGGCACUGCUCGGACCGUCGAUCCUGCUUCGUCAGGUGAUGCUGUACCUCAACUCGGGCUCUGAGCCCGUCGAAAAAGCCAUCCUUCUUGUGGUCGCCAUGGCCGUGGCUCGCAUAUUCUCCGUCUACUUCAUGUCAGCUGCUUUCGGAGUUACCUGCGUCUUCACUGGUGCUCGUGCGUCCGGGGCUCUCCAGCUGAUGGUGUACCACAAGGUACUGCGGCUGGGCUCAGCCUCUGAACAGAUCCUAGGCAAAGUCGUCAACAUCUGCACCAAUGAUAUGGAGCGCGUCAUUGAGGGAUUUCGCAUCUUCGCCUUCGUCAUCUCUGCCUUCUUCAUGACCGGAUAUGGUUUUGUGGUGAAUCUGCUGUAUGUUGGGCCAUGGUCUCUGCUGGGAUUUAGCAUGGUCAUUGGAUCGUUUUUCAUUCUGGGCAGUAUCGGCGGCGCCAACAGCGUUCUGCGCAUGGAAGUGGUGAAGGUGACGGACAAACGUGUGACCUUCAUGUCAGAGAUCCUGGCCGCCAUACGACUCAUCAAGACUUACGCCUGGGAGGACAGGUUCAAAGCGCAGAUCGACAAGAUUCGAAAUGAGGAGAUGAGGAUAAUCCGAAAGACCACUUUUCUGCAGUCCAUCUCUAACGUGCUGGUUCCCAUCAUACCGGUACUGGCCACCGCGACAUCGGUCAUCGGAUACAUUCUAAGCGGUAACGAGCUCAAUGCUGCCGAAGCCUUCACCAUGUUCUCCGUCUUUAACGGCCUACAGAUGGCCAUCGGCACCUUGCCCUACGGCAUCCGCAUGCUGACGGAGACCCACGUGGUGCUCCGGCGGAUUCAGCGUAUGUUGCUGAUGAAGGACGUCGACAUGGUCACGGCGCACUGCGACUCUGGCAGUGCCAUCGAGAUUGAGAAAGCCACCCUGGCCUGGGAGAAGCCAGUGCUGGAAAAGGAGAAAAGCGAUAAGCCUAAACGUGAACAGUCGUCCAAGUCACUCUCGCGGGACAUGUCGGCGCCACAACUGCCUUCCAUCCCGGUGACGAACCGUCUGCGAUCUCUGAGCUCCCGACGUCACGCCCGGGACGCGGACAAAGCGCUGGACGCCGAGGCAGCCACCGUCAUCAACGUGGUGCUGACCGAUGUGCAGCUGACGGUGCCGCGCGGCCGCCUGCUCGGCGUGGCCGGCGCCGUCGGCAGCGGCAAGUCGUCCCUCGUCGCCGCCAUCACCGGACAGCUGCAAGUGCUGUGCGGCUCGGUGCGUCGUGCCGGUUCCCUGGCCGUGGUACCGCAGCGAGCCUGGAUCUUCAACGGUACCGUGCGAGAGAACAUCGUGUUCGGCCGGCCGUUCGUGGCCGAUCGGUACUGGCGCACGGUGACUGUGUGUGCCCUGCAGUCCGACCUCGACCUCAUGGAGAACGGCGACCUCUCCGAGAUCGGCGAGCGAGGCGUCAACCUCAGUGGUGGCCAGAAGCAGCGCGUGAACCUGGCGCGCGCCGUGUACUCCGAUGCCGACAUCUACCUUCUGGACGACCCGCUAAGUGCUGUCGAUACCAAGGUCGGACAGCACAUCUUCCAGCAGUGCGUCUGCGGCGAGCUCAAGGACAAGACCGUGGUGCUCGUCUCGCACGGUGUUCAGUAUCUGUCGCACUGCGAUGAGGUGGUGUACAUGCGAGACUGCAAGCUGGCCGAGCGCGGCACCCACGAUCAGCUGAUGGAGCUGCAGGGCGGCUACUACCAGCUGGUCAGCUGCGACGCCGCCAGCCAGCAGCAGGAGCACCAGAAGAAACCAGAGACGGACAAGAAGGCGCAAGAAGUUGCAGCCCCUGAAGACACUGGUGGUACUGGUGGCAAGUUUACUUCCGAGGAGACCUUCAUAUCGACUGCUGGAAUCUUCAAGAACUUCUUCAUGUUCUACAAGCUGUGCGGUCUGUGCGGGAUGGUGCUGCUCUCGCUCCUGCUGCUCAUGUACGGCUCGUGUCGAACUGGUAGCGCCGUCUACCUGCAGUACUGGAUCGACGCCGGAGACGGACUAAUGGAGGAGCGAAUCAAGAACAUGACGCUGUACAACGUCACCUACGACCCGGGCGAGCUGGCUGGGGCCAUCAACGACAGUCCCCAUGUGGACUACUACAUCCUCGGAUACGCGGGAGUCACCCUUCUGCUGAUCCUCAUCGGUCUGAUCCGAACGGUGCUUCACAACGUGUGUGUGGUGCGUGGGGCCAGGCGCCUACACAACAAGAUGAUUGACAGCCUGGUGCGCUGCAAGAUGUCGUUCUUCGACAGCACCCCGUCGGGCCGCAUCAUCAACCGCCUCUCCAAGGACAUGGACACCGUGGACAAUCGUAUCCCCGAGUUUUUCGAGUUCAUCGGUCAGCGGUUUCUGAUCGUGCUAACGCAGUUGAUGGUGCCGAUGAUUGCCUAUCCCUACUUCGCUCUCAUCGUUGGAGUCAUAUUCGUGUUGUACGCCGUCAUGUGGCGCAGUCUGGUGGCCGGAGUCAGAAGUACCAAACAGGUCGAGAACGUGGCCCGCUCCCCUCUGCUGCACCAUCUGAGCUCCACUGUUGGAGGACUGGCUGUCAUCCGCGCCUACGGAAAAGAGAACAUGAUGAUUGAGAGGUUUGUCGGCCUGCUAGACCGACACUCGUCCUCCCUCAUGACGUUCCGCAUGUCCAACUCGUGGUUCACGCUGCGCGCCGAUGAGCUUGGCGUGGCCAUGCUGGCUGUGAUUGGUUCGGUGGUGCUUCUGGUGCCGGGCGCCUCGGCCGCCGAGGCCGGCCUCAUCCUCAGUCUGGUGUACGAUACCAUCCUCAUCAUGCCUUUCCUGGUGAUGAUGUGCUCGGAGCUGGCCGCCUUCCUGUCUGCUGUUGAUCGCUGCACCGAGUACUGUCAGGAUCUUGACUACGAGCCACCAGCCGAGAUGCCCGGUGACGAGAAGCGCGAGGGCCGCUGGCCGUCCCAAGGCGCCAUCCGUCUGGAGGGAGUCAGUCUGCGAUACCGGCCCGACCUACCGCGCGUGCUGCACGACCUGUCGCUGAACGUGCCGGCAGGGGAGAAGGUCGGCAUCGUCGGCAGGACGGGUGCAGGCAAGUCGACCCUGAUCUCGACCCUGCUGCGCCUCAUGGACCUGGAGGAGGGCCGUGUUCUGAUCGACGGGGUGGACAUCUCAGAGGUGGGCCUGCGCCAGCUGCGCUCCAACAUCGCCGUCAUCCCGCAGGACCCGGUGCUCUUCACCGGUACCAUUCGCCAGAACCUGGACCCAUUCGACCAGAGCUCGGACGCCCAGGUGUGGAGCGCCCUGGAGCGCUCCGGGCUGCGCUCCAAGGUCUCCCAGCUGCCUCUGCAGCUGGCCACGCCGCUCACGCCGGACGCGGACACCUUCAGCGUCGGUGAGCGGCAGCUGGUGUGUCUGGCGCGAGCGCUGCUGCGCCACGCGCGGGUGCUGCUGCUGGACGAGGCCACCGCCUCGGUGGACGUGCAGACCGACUUCUUUAUCCAGCGCACCAUCCGCGAGGACUUUCACGACUCGACCGUGAUCACGAUUGCGCAUCGGCUCAACACCGUGCUCGAGUACGGCAUGAUCGUGGUCAUGCAAGACGGCAGAAUCGCCGAGCUGGGUUCUCCUGCCGAGCUGGCCGACCGUGCCGACUCCCAGUUCCGCCAGAUGCUGCGCCAGGCCGGCAUCACGUCUGUCACCAAGUCGCCGGCGCUGCCGCCGCUCGCCCGGCAGGACACAGAGUCGGACCUCAACCAUACGCCGGGCUCCACGCGCGUCAAGUUUGACUUUGGGGACGACGUGACGACACCAAACGGCGACAGCCGCGCCGAGACGCCCGGCAGCUGCGGGGACGACGAGGUGCUGAUCGCUAAGGGCGACAGCGACGGCAAGGGGUAUUAUAACGAGGUCACUCACCUGUAGGCGGGCCACUGGCGGUGUCAGAAGGAGGCAGCGUCAUCAGAGGAUGGCGGGCUGGUCCCUGGCCGUGAGCGGACGAUCCGUUCCACUGGCCAGCGAACGAUCCGAUCCUUCGUCUCGUACUAGUCCUAUCUUGACUGGUGGCUGAUCGUGCACCUUGACGGUUCUGUUCAGAACUGGUGCAAUGAUUCUCUAUAUCCGUGUAGUUACAUCGGAUACCAGGGUACGUAUUUACGUACUAACGGCAGCUACAACUCUGUCAAGGUCCACUUUGGGUCCAUUGUGGACUCACGUUUGGUUCAUUUGGACCACCAUCAUCAACGGACCGCGAGCCUCUCAGGUGUCGGCGAUUUCUGGUAGCCUCUACGUAAUAUAAAAAGGAAGAGCGACUUGUCGGAUGUUCGCAUAACAGCGUCAUAAUCCCAUGUUUAUUUAGUUGUUUGUGCUGUCGUUUCAGUAUUCAGAAGGUUUUUGAACCUUACUAAGUGCAUAAGUUCCUUUUUCCAUUGCCGAUGUAAUCUCGCGAAUGGAACAAUAGCGUAGGUACCGUUAUUUGACGCUCGUUCGUUAUAACACACGGAGAGAUGUUUGGCUGAAUCGUUGAGUUAAUCGAAUACGUAGCAGAUAUAUGGAAAUAUUAAAUCACUUUUUGACAAAGAAUCCACACCUUUAUUUAACCCUAUUAGUGGCGGGGGUUGUUUUUAUCCACCCCUCAGGUUUUUCGGGAAUAUCUCCGAAACCGCUGAAGCUACGAUGCUGAAAUUUUCUGACUUUUCCUAAAACGAAAUUGGGCACAUUCCCUUAAAAUUUCAAGUCCAUAACUUUACCAGGGGCGGCUCCAGAGCACUGGGAAUUGGGGGGUCCUAUUCGUGAAGCGAGUCAUUUGGGCGAAGAUCACGAUGCUGCACCAGUUUUACGAACAGUGAAUGAAAGGUAUCAUGUGAUAACAUAUACAGUUAUUGUGCAUCCUCUUUUGACACGUUUUUGCUAUAAUAGGCGGAUCCAGGCGUCCAAAAAGGGGGGUUAUGUUUUACCUCCCAACAUAGGUGCCCUGACACCGCCUAUGCAUGACCAAUACAAUUGUAGUCGUUCUCUCAUAAGAAAAUUGUAACAUAACAAGACCAUUACCACCCCUUUUAGAAACAGUACUAACAAAAACCUUAUUUACCAUACUUUUUGUGUACCCCCAAUCUCAAUGAUCUGUAUCCGCCUAUGAUUUUUGAAAAUGCAUAUUUUUAGGAUCCAUGUGAAUUCCUGGUUCAUUCUCUAUCGAUCGGCAAACGUUGCGUUAAGAUUGGUUCAGAAACCUGGCCGUGAUAAACAGUCUAAAAUGUAUCUGCAAUUUGCCCGUUUUUACCCCCCUCUACCCCCCCUAUUGACAUUUUUUAAUUUUUUUUUUAGAAAUGUAGAUCACGUUGAGCGAAAUCGAAUGCCGUUUGAAUUUUGAAAAUCGGCCCGUUAGAUCUCGAGAUAUCAAGGGGAGGUCGUAAACAGCCCCCCCCCCCCUGCCACUAAUAGGGGUAGCCAGGAGCCUGCCACUAAUAGGGUUAAUAGGUUUUUUUAAUUCACAGCCAAUGAAUCUUGUAACAUGUAUCUUUAAUAUGUGAAAGGUAGGUAUGUAAAAUGUCAGUAAUAAAACUUAGAAGCUUUUAGAUUUUAGGAAGUUUUAACCUUUUCAUUCCAAUGCUUGCAUCUUCAUCAAGGCCUUCUCUCGAUGCUGUGUCACCUCCCUGUGUUGCUCGAAACAUGUUUCGUCAUCUAAUAUUUUAAUGGUGUUUAAAAACGCCAGUGAGCGUAGGUAUGUCCUCUAUUCCUUCAUUUCCUCAAUCGCCCAUUUUAGCCACACUGUUGUCCCUGUCAGCUGUAUCAGUGGAACUGCAAAGGCUUUGCUGUCGUGCUUGAACGGUGCGUUAUGUCAGUAUUUACUCGUCCUUAAGCGCGUGUCACAUCACGAGUUAACGUGUGAUGACAUGGUAUGAACAGGGACCAAAUCGCUGUGCGAAGUGUGGUAAUAAUCUUGUUGUCGUACAUUCAUAUUAGAUUUAUGUGGCUGCUGAUGCCGAAUAUAUUUCGAGUUGCCA